AUGCAAGACCUGAAAGGGGGUACUUCUUCUUCUUCUUCGGCUUCUGGCGGCUGCAGCAAACUUCGUACAUCUUUAAAGAAUUUAGUGCCUCGCAGUGACUUACCGGGGGCGCAGCAACCAACUCCUUUUGGGCUGAACCGCUAUGGCAUCCUUCUUAUAUACCUGCUGUAUGUAUUUCUUACGGGUUGUGUAUACUUUGGCUGGGCAGCAAUAUCUUCUAUGCUGCUUCGAGCAGAGAGUUUUUCAAACUUAUGCGAGAAAGAUGCAGCGGGGAAUUACAUAGGAGAUAUGACAGAAGAAAAGGGUUUUAUAUGCAAUGAACAAGAGGCAGCAGUACAACAUUUAUACACCAUAACACUCGCUGUACACACAACAUUUAGCUCUAUUGCAGGAACAACUAUGGAUCUCGCAGGGCCUCUAAUGACAGCAGUAUUAGGACAAGUCUUUAACUUUACUGGAUGGGCAUUGCUUGCUAGCAGGCAGUCCUUAGGUAAUGGUGCUCUAUAUGCUGGCUUUGUUUUCAUAGGCAUGGGUGCAGAUAUGGGUUUCUUACCUACUCUAUGCAUCACACGUCUAUUUCCAGGCAGUGCAGGCUUAAGUAUAACUCUAUUAGGGAGCGCUGCAUCUGCUUCUUUUGCUGUGCCUCUUAUUCUUGAAGCUAUCUGCAAUAACUUAGGCUUAACAAACCCUCAGAAAGUCUUUUGGGCUUAUGCAGGCUUAGGCCCGGGUCUUUGUAUUCUUCUUUCUUUACUUUUUAUCCCUCGGGCUGGCUACAAGGACUUCCGCGACGAUGCAAAGAAAGUGCAUGACUCUCCUGCUGCAGAUGCUGCUGCUGCUGCUGCUGCUGCUGCUGCAGCUAGAGGAGAGGAAGGUGCAGCAAGGAAGUGCAGCAGCAGCGGAGAAGGUCUUGAAGAUGACAUGCAAUGUGCAGACCCUGCACCAGGAGACUCUCGCUGUGCUAUCCCAGGGGCGAGCUUCCGUCGGCAGUUGUUCUCUGCUAAGUAUAUUGUUUUAACUUUAUAUUUUGUUGGAGUUGGAUGGGCAAGCUCUUUUUAUCAAGAAGCACAUAAUAGAUUACUAGAAGAAGGCGUCAGAAACUUCUUAAAAGUACUGCUGCCUUUCUCUUUCUUACCUUGCAUCAUGUGGGGAUAUCUUGCAGAUCGCUGGGGUAUUAUUCGUGUUUUGUUUAUUACGAAUAUGAGCGGUCUUUUAAUGUAUUUGUUUACCUUCGGGGAGGUUGUAGCCUUAGGAUAUUUAUCUGUCUUAUGCUUUACAAACUAUAUGUCUAUAUUUACUUCUCAAGUAUUUGUUUAUAUAGAGCAACACUUCACCUAUGAACAUUUCGGGAAGCUUAUCGGCAUUAUUCAGAUGGUAGGGGGCCUUCUUUCUCUUGCAUGCAACCCGCUCUAUUCUCGUGUUGCUCUUAAUCCUAAUAUAAGUAACGGAUUAUUAAUUGUACAAGGCAUUAUGGUCGGCUUGCUGCUGCUGCAGUUUGUAUGGAUAUUCUCUCUUGUGCUCCUGGGGAGAAAUGAUAAAAGCCCUGCUCAGCUGCGAGCCAAGCAGCGAGAAGCAGCAGCAGCAGCAGCAGCAGCAGGAAAAGAUACUGAUGCAGCAGCAGAUGCAGCAGAUGUACAAUUGACGGACCCACUAGAAGAAGGCGUCAGAAACUUCUUAAAAGUACUGCUUCCUUUCUCUUUCUUACCUUGCAUCAUGUGGGGAUAUCUUGCAGAUCGCUGGGGAAUUAUUCGCGUUUUGUUUAUUACGAAUAUGAGCGGUCUUUUAAUGUAUUUGUUUACCUUCGGGGAGGUUGUAGCCUUAGGAUAUUUAUCUGUCUUAUGCUUUACAAACUAUAUGUCUAUAUUUACUUCUCAAGUAUUUGUUUAUAUAGAGCAACACUUCACCUAUGAACAUUUCGGGAAGCUUAUCGGCAUUAUUCAGAUGGUAGGGGGCCUUCUUUCUCUUGCAUGCAACCCGCUCUAUUCUCGUGUUGCUCUUAAUCCUAAUAUAAGUAACGGAUUAUUAAUUGUACAAGGCAUUAUGGUCGGCUUGCUGCUGCUGCAGUUUGUAUGGAUAUUCUCUCUUGUGCUCCUGGGGAGAAAUGAUAAAAGCCCUGCUCAGCUGCGAGCCAAGCAGCGAGAAGCAGCAGCAGCAGCAGCAGCAGCAGGAAAAGAUACUGAUGCAGCAGCAGAUGCAGCAGAUGUACAAUUGACGGACCCGAGCCUUUCUCUUGCUCAGCAAGACUCUAUCCCAUGA